UAGAGAAGGCAGGGAUCUGCCCAAGGUCAUGCAGAGCUGGUUCCUGCCCUGGGACCAGACCCCAGGUAUGCCAGCUCUCAGCCCACUGAACCACGUGAACUACUGCUUCAAAACCAGGACACCAAACCUGGCUCCACCAGAACAGAAAAGGCUUCCCCCAAGUUGGAAAAAGAUGCCCUUUCUGACCAGAGUCAAAGUUUCCCUGAAGCUUGUCUCGCCCAGCUUCCUCAUUGGCUCAUGGGAUCCACCCCCUUCAGGGAUCCUCCCCCUACUCUGCAAGUUCUGGGAGAGGGGACAUUCCCUGAGAGGACAAGGGUCACACAACACCAUGACUGAGUCUGGCAAGCCCAUCCUCUACUCCUAUUUCCGGAGCUCCUGCUCAUGGAGAGUUCGAAUCGCUCUGGCCUUGAAAAGCAUCGACUAUGAGACCGUACCUAUCAACCUCAUAAAGGAUGGGGGACAGCAGUUCUCUGAAGAAUUCCAGGCACUGAAUCCAAUGCAGCAGGUGCCGGCCCUGAAGAUCGACGGAAUCACCAUUGGCCAGUCACUGGCCAUCAUUGAGUACCUGGAGGAAACUCGGCCCACUCCGCGCCUCCUGCCGCAGGACCCGAAGAGGAGGGCCCAGGUGCGCAUGAUUUCCGAUGUCAUUGCCAGUGGCAUCCAGCCCCUGCAGAACCUGUCUGUCCUGAAGCAAGUGGGACAGGAGAACCAGCUGACCUGGGCCCAGAAGGUCAUCCGCUCUGGCUUCAACGCUCUGGAGCAGAUCCUGCAGAGCACGGCAGGGAAGUACUGUGUGGGAGACGAGGUAAGCCCUCCCCAGGCCUUCCCACAGGAGCCUUCUCCCUCCACCCCCAGGGCAGGGGCAGGUCAGAGAGCUUCUGGAGGAGGCGUGGGGGUGGGGAGAGGGGCCAAGGUCAUAAUUCUGGUUCCAGGGCCCCCCUACCUCAUCCUGAGGUGUCUCCUCCCUGCUGGGAGCCCUCAGUAAGUGCCUAUGAUGGUGGUUAACAAGCACGAUAAGAUCCACUGAGACAGUCCAGCCUUCUCUGGCCACCCACAGACUUGGUUGUCAGGACAGCUGGAACCUGGCCUGG